AUGAUCCACGACCGCGUUGAAGAGCAGAACGAAUCCGACAACGAAUUUGGUCUCGAACCUGCAGCGAUGGCACUCUUAGCGGGCCCUGACGGACCUCUGGAGAGGAUGAAGGCUACGAUGGAAGAGAUCGUGUUAAAGCUAGCACCCCAAGCUCGGUUCCGCAGGCUUGCCCAACCAUUCAGGUGGCCGUUUGAGAAGAAGGACAUUUUAGAGCUGUUUGGGACGACAGAGAGACUCAAGUCGCACUUCACGCUUGUCCUCCAAAAUGAUCUAUUGACGAUUUCCAAGCUCACGAGCGAGAAGGUUCAAAAGAAAGGAACUCGUCCCAUGACCAAGCAACUUUCCCAAGUCUUCGCCAAGCUCUUCUCGUCAUGCGACAAUAUUUUUAUCGUCAUAGAUGCUCUUGAUGAAUGCGCGUCUUCGGACAUGGAGGCUGUGGAACUAGUCGGUGCUCUCCAGGGGCUCGGCGAUAAUGUCCGUAUCUUACUCACGUCACGCACCUCGACGAACUUUGAGGGCUUCUUCAAAGAUGCCGUACGCAUAGACAUCAAGGCUAAGGAUGAGGACGUGCGACUGUAUUUGGAGAGGAAGAUUCCGAAGCAUUUCAGGCUGGCGAAGCACGUCUGUGCUGAUCCGAAACUGCAGGACGAUAUCAUCACAAGCAUCGCCGAGAGUGCUCAAGGCAUGUUUCUUCUGGCGACACUCAACUUGGACUCUCUCUCCCGCAAGCUUACGCGUCGAGAUGUUCGCUCUUCGCUUUCAAUAUUGCCUAAGACGCUCGACGCAACAUACAAGCAAGCACUUGAGAGAAUUCGUACCCAGGCAGAAGAAGAUGUUGAACUAGCCGAGAUGGUCAUCUUGUGGAUCCUCUGUGCCCGACGACCGCUGGGUAUUCAUGAGCUCCAGCAUAUGUAUGCUGUCCACCUCCGUACCCGUGAUGAAGAUGAAGACGAGGACAUGAUAUUGCUUGAAGUUGACGACCUGCCACCCGAGGAUAUCGUCACCGGUGUUUGCGGUAGUUUUAUCGUAGUCGACAGCAUUUCCAAGACAGUCAGUCUGGUCCAUUAUACGGCUCAAGACUAUCUUAGCCGCACACUCGGAAAACAUCUGGAUAAGACGCGACUGGAGCUCGCCAGAAUCAGCCUAGAAUACCUGCAGCUUCUCAACUUUCAGGAAGGGCCUGCCUUAUCAGACAGCGUGAUGGCGGAGCGGUUGGCCAACUUCCCAUUUCUGGACUACGCGGCAAGAUACUGGGGAGCUGACCUCCAAGGGCUGCAAGUCGAGGAUUUAUGGGGAUCCGUCAAUCGCUUUUUGUCAAACGCAGGUGCCAUCAGUGUAGCAAGUCAGAUCUGGAGUCUCCCUCGUUACAGAUACGCACAUUGGAGUAACGAGUACCCGAAAGGUUUCCCCGGAAUAGUCCUCGCGGCUUCGUUCCAGAUACCGAACGUCCUGGAAAGACUCGUGGGACAAGGAAAAGACAUAGAAGGCCGUGGCAGCGACAAGAAAACCCCGCUCAUCAGAUCAGCUCGCCUCGGGCACGAGGAGAACAUCAAGGCACUGAUACAGCUUGGAGCUGACGUUGCUGCUACUGAUAUCGCCGGAGAAACUGCAAUCGAUGUUGCGGCUCUCGCUGGCAAGGCAUCUUUAGUAGAAGCCCUGAUCGAUGGAGUUGCCAACUGGCAGUAUCAAGACUGUACGGCUGCUGAUAGAAUCAGGAGCUGA